AUGAGUGAAGACGAAUGUGAAUUCAAUGAUUUACUAAUUUCUGAAAUUUUUGAAGAUUAUUCGCCACCGAAAUAUGAACCAUAUCAAGAUGAAGAAGGGAAAUUUAAAGCACCUGAGACUGCAACAGAUUCUCUAAUAAAAUUUAUGAAAUUUGUUCUAACUGAAAUCGGUGGUGAUAAGUUUAACAGAUUUUCAAGUACUUUUUAUUUAGCAAAGAAAUCACUUGGCCUCAAAGACCAAUUUCAUAGUUUCAUAUUUUGUACAAAAUAUCAUAAACUUUAUAACAGAGAUAGAGCUCCGAACAGGUUGGGUCGGGUCGG